AUGACGACUAUCAUACAAGCACGCCCAUCAUUAUCAUCCAACGAUGCUGCUGUCCUCCAGGCACUCUUUGACGCCGAGCCACAAUCAACCGGUAUAAUAAUUGACCCAUCACUGCCACCCUGGCCAGAGAAAGUGAAUAUUUCAUCAUCAGUCCUCGCCUCCCUCAAGAAGAGCGAGACAGAGAUCAUUCUAAAGCUACACAACGAACCUCCAAGCCUGGAGACUUUCAACUCCACAAUUCGUGAAUUCGACUCCAUCAUUGAUCAGUAUCCAACGUACCCCUCAGCCUAUACAAACCGAGCCCAGGUCCUCCGUAUGUUGAUAGAUUUCCAGUACAACCAGUCAGAAACAGGAGUCAGUGAGGCAAGCGAAGCUCUAUUCGUGCCAAAAGCCAUAGAUCUCUCAACACAAAUCCUCUCAGAUCUAGGCCAAGCAAUCAACAUCGCCACGUCUACCUCUCCAGAAGAUUCCGUUUCAGCAGCCCAAGCUAGACUGUUAGCUGAUGCGCAUACACAUCGAGGAUACUUACUGUUGAAAGCGGCGCGGGAAAAGAAGAACGAGCCUGGGAAUUUGACUUUCUGUACGGAGCAUUUGAGAAAUUUUGGGGCUGACCAACUUGAGGAGAUGGCUAGUCAGGAUUUCUUCUUUGGUGGGAAAUAUGGGAAUAAGGUUGCGCAGCAGCUUGCUGUGCAGACGAAUCCGUAUGCUAAGAUGUGUGGGGCUAUUGUCAAAGAGGCUAUGAAGAAGGAGACUGAAGGUUGA